AUGUUCACAUACAAAGCCUGGGGCAUACCAAACACUGGAUUCGAUCCAUCCUACUCAUUCGUUCGCUCGCACUUUGUAUCGCCAGUCGUACUCGCCUGCAUUCGCGCCCUGCUAAGCAUAUACUGUUUCGCAACCAUCAUCAUAUCUUACAGCUGGCUGGCGCACAAGACGGCUGUCUUCAAACUCAAAGACGUCAACAUCGGCUCGUACAGCGUCCAACACAGCAAUGCGGCAAUUGGACAGUCUUUCAGCUUCUUCACGUACCUCACCUUCUGGUCACUGGGCUUCUAUUUUAUGAUAUCGAGCGUACACACCUUCAUGUAUGCGUUUCGGAAAAGGACGUGGCUGUACAACUGGCCCAAGGCAUUACAGUUACUGCACAGCAUGUACUACUCCACUAUGACGUCACUGCCUUUUCUGGUAACCAUCGUUUUUUGGGGUACGAUGAACUCUGGAUGGCCGCCUGGACGCUUCGAACAAUGGCACAAUCUUUCCGUUCAUGCCCUCAACAGCGUCUUCGCUGCUGCGGAAAUCACCCUUUCCGCUACUGAGCCUCUGCCAUGGAACCACCUUUCCAUCGUACUCGGGAUUCUAUCAAUGUACCUCGGACUUGCGUACCUUACUCAGUAUGCGCAGGGAUUUUAUGUUUAUGAAUGGAUGAACCCAGCGCAUGGAAAUGUGUCUAUCAUCCUUCAUGUGCUUGGAUAUGCGGGUGGCAUGAUUGUUUUGUUUGCGAUAGCCAGGUACGCUAUAGUACUGAGGAACAUGCUGGCGGGGAGGAUACAGGAGAGCAAGGAUGAAAUACUCAGCGAGAAGCUGUAUCAGGUUAGUGCAGGGUCGGAAAACUCCUGGACGACAAAGAUUGGGGUCGUAAAGCCAACGCCCAUGCGGGUGCGGAAGAAGGCAGAUUUUGACGAGUAUCAAGUCUGA